AUGGGAGACUGGAAAGCUUACAUCAACACAGUCCUGAAAGACAAGAAUAUUGAAGAUGUAGCAAUUGUUGGACAUUCUGACAAUAAGUCUGUAUGGGCAUCUAAACCAGGAGGUCUGUUGGCAGCCAUUUCUCCUCAGGAAGUUGGGCUGAUCACUGGGCAGGAUAGAAAAUCUUUCCUACAAACUGGGAUCACCAUUGCUGGAAAAAAGUGCAGUGUAAUCCGUGACAACUUGCUAGUAGAGAAAGAUGCUGUCAUGGACACCAGAACCAAAGGUGGUGACAGUAGGUCCAUCUGCAUUGGGAAAUCUUCCAAAGCUCUUAUCUUUCUCAUGGGCAAAAAGGGGGUCCAUGGAGGAGCCCUGAAUAAGAAGGUGCAUGAUAUGAUAGCGAGCAUGAAGGCAAAAGGCAGCUAG